AUGGCACCACCAGCAGCCGACUCUGACCUUCGCAGUGACAGUGACUACAGCUACAGCUACGUCGCCAACAAAGCCGACAAGAGCUGGACCAAACUCACCGCGCCCUUGAAAUACUCGGGAUCCCUGGACGAGUACGAAUCUUUCGAUGUCACCAGCGUGAUUGGGAAAGAGUAUCCCAAGCUGCAGCUCAGCUCGAUCGUGAAUGACGACACCAAGAUUCGGGAUCUAGCCAUCCAAGUGUCCCAGCGUGGAGUCGUGUUUUUCCGGAACCAGGACCUUGAUGUCGAGAGCCAGAAGCUGUUGGGACAGAAGUUGGGAGAGCUCACUGGCAAGCCCGACGUCUCCACGUUGAACCGACACCCCGUGAACAACAGCGGGAGAGGCCGCACCCUUGAUGAGAAUGGAAAGCUAGACGACGAGGUCUCGGUCAUCUCCUCUGAGCAAUACCGAGCAUACUACAAGGACCCCCUCCACUUCAAGAAAAAGCCACUGGCGAGCACCUCGUGGCAUGCCGACAUCACCUUUGAGCGGGUCCCAUCCGACUAUGCCAUCUUGAAGCUGGUCGCUCCUCCCGCAGAUGCCGGAGGAGAUACUCUGUGGGCAUCUGCCUACGAGAUGUAUGACCGCUUGUCGCCGCCAUUCAGAGCCCUUGCUGAAGGCCUGACUGCCACUCACAAGAACGUCAACUUCAACCGAGUGGCCAAGGAACAAGGCUUCGAGCUUUACCCGGGCCACCGUGGAAACCCCGAGAACAUCGGAAAUGACUUUGAGGCCGUGCACCCCGUUGUACGAACCAACCCCGUCACCGGCUGGAAGGGUAUCUUUGUCGCCGGCGAACAGAUCAAGCCUGGCUGGAUCAACGGCGUGACCGACAGGGAGAGCGAAAUUCUCAAAGACUACUUCCUCCAACUCAUUACCGACAACCACGACCUUCAAGUGCGUUUCCGCUGGAACAAGAAUGACAUUGCCAUCUGGGAUAACCGCUCUGUUUUCCACACUCCAACCUUCGACUACAGCGGCCCGCGCCAGGGCAACCGUGUUGUGUCGAUUGGAGAAAGACCAUUCUUUGACCCCAAGUCGGUGUCGCGCCGUGAAGCUCUGGGGAUUUGA